GACGUUUGAAGAUCUUUCAUGGAUGCUUCUAUGGCCUAAUUCUGGAUCAUGCAAACCAACAUUCAUAUUCAUGAAUAGAAUGGACGAUGAUAAAGCCUUUCUUUAGAUGUUUUGAUCUUCAAAUUAUUAUCUUAUUCCCAAAUGGCAGUUCGAGAUCCUCAAUCUGGAAACACUUUUGUAUGGCUCGUCUCUUUCGCUUUGUUUCUUUGUAUAGCCGCCGGGGGCGGCUUCCUCGUAAUGUACAUGAUCCUCCCUGAAUCCAAUUCCACAUCAUGGCUGGCCAUUGCAGGUGUCACCCUCGUUUGUCUCCCUUGGCUAUUCUGGUUUGUAACUUGCAUGUAUCGAAUCUUUUCGCGGGUUUUCGGAUUCAGGAUGGUCGUUGGAUUUGGUUGUGACGGUGGCGGUGGUGGGGGCGGUAGCAGAGGCGGAGAGAAUCGUAAUCUUUCAAAUUCUUAUAGCACAGGAUCAAAAGGGAACAAUAACGAUUCUCCAACAGCGCCGACAGAAGCUCCCUCCGUCGAGGUUGAAUACGAAGGCGAUGGCACUGAAAAUCAUAACGGCGAAGGAAGGAGAGAUAAUAAAGUGGAAAAUAAACAAACUCCUUCAUCUUCAAACAAUUCAAUCGCCUCUCGGGAGAGUGAAAUCCCAUUGACCUCGUCCCUUCCGUCAUAAUUAAUAAUUAUAUAAAGAAUUUCAUAGCUUUAUGGAUAUCAGGUUAAUUUUCUGAUCUUCAGGUAUGCAUGGCAUGGCUGCUUCAAAUUGGGAUAAAUGCAUUUGAUUUGAAUUGAACGAG